AUGAAGCCCGCCCCGUUUCGAUCGUUUCUCCUCAUUUCACAUAAGCAAAUGGCUCUAACUGCCUCGCGAAGCACAGAACCGACCGGGACGAGCAAUGUGAGAGCUGAUGGAAUUCUCAAUGGAUUUAAAUUAAAUUGGAUGAACCUUCGGGAUGCUGAGAGUGGGAAAAUCCUUUGGCAAAGCACCGAAGACAUGGCUGAUCCGACACGAGAACAUGAAGCUCAUGUUCCAAAAAGCAUUCUCAAAUGUCGCACUGUUUCACGGGAGAUCAACUUCACAUCAGUUGAAAAAAUCGACAAAUUUCGCCUCGAGCAACGAGUAUUUUUGAAAGGAAACAUUAUUGAAGAAUGGUUUUUCGAGUUCGGUUUUGUGAUCCCGCAAUCGACGAAUACCUGGCAAAAUCUGAUCGAGGCUGCUCCUGAAGCUCAAAUGUUACCAGCAUCACUUCUUAGCGGAAAUGUCGUGAUCGAGACCUCGUUUUUCGACGAUACUCUCCUUGUCAGCACAUCAACCGUUCGCCUAUUCUAUGAC